AUGUUCACCAAGAUACUGUCUCACUUUCUGCCCUCAACCUCCAAGACUAACUACGUCUCCGCUGGUCAUGUCGAUUUUGUCGGUGCUGGAUUGGCAGAGUACAACGACCACUACGCCGUCGUUUUCGACUCGCUGUUCACCGAAGCUGAGCUCACAGCAAUACUCGCCGAGGCAGAGGCCUCUGCGCCAUGGGACGUUGCUCAAGUCAACGCAGGGGCCCACGCUUACACUGACACCUCCUACCGCAACGGGCAGCGCAUCAUCUACGACUCGCACGAGCUCUCCCAGCGCAUAUUCGAUAAAAUUCGGCCACAUCUGCAGGACAUCGAGGAAAUCGAGCAGCCAACGUACCUUCCCGGGCCCGAAGCGGGCCGUCCAGAAAUGGCGCAUGGUCCGGCUGAACGAGCGGCUGCGCUUCCUGCGGAGACCGGCCAGCGGACGUUCUACACCCUCCAGUUCUACCUUCCCUCUGACGCCUCUGGUUCAAAGGAGAGCUUCCAGCCCCCGAUAGGCGGGUCAACGCGGUUCCGCGGCCGGAUAGCGGAGAAGGCAUUUGCCGACGUGGAAAGCAUUCCUGGACGGGUAUUGGUAUUCCAACACGCAAACUUGUUGCACACGGGAGAAGAGGUAACCAGCGGUAUAAAGUGCACCGUUCGCUCCGAUAUUCUUUACGAGCGCGUUGGAGAGCCUGUACCUAUUGAAGAGUCAUAA